AUGGCAAAGAGAACUAUGUCACUGCUGCUACUGCUGGUGGUGGUGCAUGGUGUAUUUGUGCCAGCUUCAGCACAAGUCUGCAGUCUGCUUGGUCAGCCUGCCUUCCCUGUACUUUCUGCAGAAAGAGACAUCAACAUUGGGGCAAUUUUCUCAAUUCACAGAAGUGCUCUGCUAAAGAUGCAUCCUUUCACUUCCAAACCAGAGCCAACAACAUGUGUCAGGUUGAACUUACGUGAAUUUAAAUUUGCUCAGACAUUUAUUUUUGCCAUUGAGGAGAUAAAUAACAGCACACAGCUGUUGCCUGGUGUUUCUUUGGGCUAUAAAAUAUAUGAUGCCUGUAGCUCUAUAGCUCUGGCUAUCCAAUCAGGUAUGGCUUUGAUGAAUGGCUAUGCAGAAAUUUUGAGUGAUAUAGCCUGCUCUAGAUCACCAGCUGUUCAGGCCAUUGUUGGAGAGUCAUCAUCCUCUCCUACCAUAGGCUUGGCUACUGUGGUUGGGCCAUUCAACAUACCUGUUGUCAGUCAUUUUGCUACAUGUGCAUGCCUGAGUAACAGAAAAAGAUAUCCAUCCUUCUUCAGAACAAUACCCAGUGAUUAUUACCAAAGCAGAGCACUGGCUCAGCUUGUCAAGUAUUUUGGUUGGACCUGGGUUGGGACGAUCAGGAGUCGCAAUGACUAUGGUAAUAAUGGGAUAGCAGCAUUUGAAGAGGCUGCAAAACAAGAAGGGAUUUGUAUUGAGUACUCAGAGACCAUAUUAAGAAAUGAUCCACAAGACCAGUUUCUGAAGACAAUGGAAGUGAUAAAAAAAGGGACAGCCAGGGUGGUGGUAGCUUUUAUCUCAUUAGGAGAUUUUGUCCCUCUUGUGAAAGUAAUUGCAGAACACAACAUCACAGGGCUGCAGUGGAUUGGCAGUGAAUCCUGGAUAACAUCUCGAAAUCUUGCAGAAACAAAGGAAUACAGUUUCCUUUCUGGAGCUGUGGGCUUCGCUGUGGUGAAUGCCAAACUUGUGGGCCUGCACGAGUUCCUAGUAAAUGUGAACCCUAAUCAAGAACUAAAAAAUGAACUUUUGAAAGAAUUUUGGGAAACAGCUUUUCAGUGCUCUUUUAGGACCAGUGCCAGUGGUGGCUGUACAGGUUCAGAGAAACUGGCGGGGUUGCAAAAUGAAUACACUGAUUUGUCAGAGCUACGAAUAGAACAUAAAGUGUACACUGCAGUGUAUGCUGUUGCAAACACACUGCAUAAUGUUUUAAAAUACUUUAAAUCCUUGACCAACAGCAGCAAAGGAGAGCUGCCCAUACCAAAAAAGGUAUUGCAGUAUAUGAGAGAUGUGAACUUCACUUUGAAAACAGGUGAGAAUAUCCUUUUUGAUGCAAGUGGUGAUCCAGUGGCGAGAUAUGACCUAGUGAACUGGCAGCCUGCUGAGGAUGGAAUUCUGCAGUUUAGGCAUGUGGGUGUCUAUGACAGUUCACUACCUUCAGAACAACAUCUUCAGGUCAAUCAGGAACACAUGCUAUGGGCAGGAAAGAGUGGACAGUUGCCUGUGUCCUUGUGCAGUAAAAGCUGCCCCCCUGGAACUAGGAAGGCUGUGCAAAAGGGGCGACCUGUCUGCUGUUAUGACUGUAUUCCAUGUGCAGAAGGAGAAAUCAGUAAUGACACAGAUUCUAGUGACUGCUUUUCUUGUGAUUUGGAGUACUGGUCGAAUGAAAGCAGAGACAGAUGUGUAUUAAAAGUGGUUGAAUUCCUUUCCUAUACAGAAAUCAUGGGGAUGGUGCUUUGUAUUUUCUCCUUCAUUGGGGUGUUAUUAACAGCAAUGGUAUCUUUUCUGUUUUAUCUUCAUAAGGAAACGCCUAUUGUCAGAGCCAAUAACUCAGAGCUGAGCUUCCUGUUGCUCUUUUCACUCUCACUGUGUUUUCUCUGUUCACUUACUUUCAUAGGUCAGCCCACUGAGUGGUCCUGUAUGUUGCGUCACACAGCAUUUGGGAUCACUUUUGUCCUCUGUAUCUCUUGUGUUCUGGGGAAAACAUUAGUAGUCUUAAUGGCCUUCAGGGCUACACUUCCAGGAAGUAAUGUCAUGAAAUGGUUUGGGCCUGCAAAACAACGACUCAGCGUUGUUUCCUUAACAUUAAUACAGGCUGUGGCAGACUGUGCGGUGUAGGCCGGGUCAGCACUAGACACAGUGGACUCUCUGUGACCAUCUCCAUCGCAGCCAUUUUCUGGACCUGCAUUAUGUACUUUCUAAUAAAAAAU